AUGUCGGGCAGCCCACCAUCAAGCGACACGAUACACAGGCCUUGCGAGGAGCUGCUGACGCGGUGCUGGUGGAACGGCGAGCCCUUCGCCUGCUGCCAGCACGCACCGCCCCUCAGAACAGAGGUGGGCUCCUGCUUCGCCAUCAAUAGCGCCCAGACGGACGGGAGUGAGUCCAACAGAAAAAAAUUAACAUGCAAUCGCACAACGGGGCGCGGAUCAUUGAAGGUCGAAGUAAAAGCUGAAGUUAUAGUGUUCGUGCACCCGCGGGACGAGGUGCCGCACCUGACGACGACGGUGGCGCGCGCGGUGGUGCCGGCCCGCGGCGUGCGCCACCUGCACACGGUGCGGGUGCGCGAGGCGCGCUUCGAGCCGGCGGUGGGCAGGAUGGCCGCGGCGCGGCGCGGCUGCCGCCUUCCCGGCGAACUCGCCGACUGGCCGCCGGCGCUGUACCCCGUCUACUCGCGGGGCGCCUGCGUCGCCAGCUGCCGCGCGCACCGCCUGUUCCAACUCUGCAACUGCACGCCGCCGCUCACGCCCCGGCUCCCAGGUGCGGAGGAGUGCGACCUGGCGGGACUGGGGUGCCUGCGGCGGAGCGCCGGCCAGUGGCUGCGGCAGGCGCCGCGCUGGGCGCCUCCCGGCCGCGGCCUGCACUGCGACUGCCCGCUCGCCUGCCUCGACGCCGAAGUCGACACCGUCCACCAGCGCGCUGACAGCAUUGCGAGUCACACAUCAUUCUACGAGUUGCAGCUUAACCAGUUGCCCACGGAACGGGACUUCAGGCUCGUCGCUAACGACGGACUCAGCCUUGUGGUGUCCAUCGGCGGCGCGGCGGGCCUGUUCGCGGGUGCCAGCCUGCUGAGCUUCGUGGAGCUGCCCUACUACCUGUGCCUCAGAGCUCGCUGCUGCGCUGCCCGACACAGCCGGCCGCCUCCGCUGACCGGACGUCUGCCGUUCCUCCCGUAG